AUGUCCAUCAUCAUGGAAUACCCUUCCUCGUCGAUGCCUUUGUCCAGCGAGGAACUCACGUGGCUACAGGCCAGUGCAUUUAUAGAUUGCCCUCCAACACCUCCACCGAAAGACGACGAUGCAUUUGUGCAUGAUUUGUCGGCAUCCAGUUCGACGAGCUCUAUGGCCAACAAUUUCCCUCUGACUCAGAGCCCUCCGCCUCACCUCCGACACAAGUUGAGUGGAGCUGAGAGAAAUUCCUCAAGCUCAUUGGCGUAUUUAAAUGGAUCUGCUGGGAGUGCGACUCCGCCACCAGUUCCAAAAGCAGGCUCUCCACGUUCGGAGUGGAUUUACCGUCGACCAAAAUCUCCUGCCAGCGUACGCCAAAGGACGGCGAAUCCUCGUCCAUACUCGCGGCCGCAACCACGGGUAAUAUCUGCUUCUCCCCCACCGCCACCUCUCUCCCGCUCUCGUUCAACUGCGAGCACUCGCACGACCAGGUCAAUAGCCCACGCCAGCACCGACCAAUCAUUAAUCAAUAAUUCAACGCCAUCGUCUAAUUCGCCACUGUCCUUGUCGACAGGUCCAUUCUGGUCGACGAUUCUACGACCGCGGUCCCGUUCGGAACGGUCCAUGCCCCUCCUCAAAACGAUCCCGUCAGAGUCCCAAAUCGUUCUGACGCCGCUUUCCACUCCCAAGAGGAUGGUUUCCCCUCCGAAGCCGAUGUUUGCCCGGCCUCCUUCGAUUUCAUCCACCCUUUCCAGCGUCUCGACUUCGAACUCUCCUGCAUCCUCCCGGUCGGAAAGCCCUGUUACCCCGGUCUCUAUCUCCCCCUCUCCCUACGGCAGGUAUCGCCGGCAAAACCUGUAUCACCGACGCCACCGCCCGCAGCUCGAGAGCGAGUCAAGCCUGGCGCCACUAUCCUCUUCCUGCCCACCUUCCAAAUCUAUUUUGACACGGACGGCGUCGGUAUCCACGAAGGCCUCUUCGCAUACCGUCAACAAGUCUGUCAAGUUUGCGGCGAUUCCCAUCGUUCAUUAUGCCAGUACGGGUUACUGGGAUUUGGAGACUGUUGAUCGGGAUGCGAGUAAUAUGGGCAUCAACGUCGACGAGAUGGACAUGGGCGACCCGUUCGCGAGCUGCCAUUCCCGUCUCGAUGCGGAGGAACGCAUCGAGCGUUUAGAGAUCGCGAAGCUCCGAGAGCUUCAAUGCGCGACGCCGACUCCGGAGCGAGAAAGGGAGAAGAAUAAGGGCUUGAAACGCCUCAUGAGCCUCAGUCGCAAGCCUGGCACGCCGACAGGCCCGACGAUUAAUAUUGCAUCUGUGCGUCCAGUCAUCUCCACGCCUUAUGCAUUGGGUGCGUACCCCACCCUAGCCAGUAUGCAGUCGACAACGUCACUGCAGACCACGAGGAACACAAGAGGGGACUCUGACGGGGCUGGGCCUGGAGGUUCAGCUCCUGUUUUGAACCCUCGAGGAGUCCCUCUUCGCAGCGCACCCUCCUACGAGAGCUUCCGCAGCGCGAAGAGCUCUGCUGCUAGGAGUGUGCGUAGUAUGGGAAGUGUGAAGAGCACUGCCAGCACAAAAGGUUUAAGGGGAUGGUUACGUGUAUAG